UCAAUGCUAAUCUGGCAUCUCUAUCAGAUAGGUUUUUGAAGGGUUGGUUGCGCGAAUAUAAUUGUUUUUUAUUCACAGCGUGGAAAUUAUUUGUAUGCAAUUACUGUUCGUAUUGAAACUUCCUUUUUAAGCUUACAACAGUUACCAUAGAGAAUUUUAAAAUGGGUGAAGUAGACGAUACAGCAAAGAAGGUCCAGGAAUACAAAGAUAAUCUAAUAAAAAAGGCUGAAGAACUCAUUAUUAAAGGAUUUCCUGAAAAAAUCGUCAAGCUGAAUGAUUUGCUUUCGACUCCUCAAUUUUCCGAAAGAAACUUUUCCGAUGUGUAUCAGGAUCUUAACAUUCCAGUGCCAGAUCCGAUCGAGCUGAACAAUACUGAGCCGAUGAAAAGCGAAUCUGAUGAACCGACUGCAAAACGUUCUCGUAUUGAUUUAUCUACGAUUAGUGGUACAAGAGUAAUGGCAUUACCGAAUGGUCGCGUCCAAUGUAAUACACCUAUUUGUGAGCUAAUCAAAGUUGUCAAACCAGUUAUCCGAGCUUUGGUAGAAGAUUCCAAUCUACUUAAAAUGUGGAUCUCGUUUAUGAUUCCCAAGAUUGAGGAUGGCAAUAACUUUGGAGUUUCCAUCCAGGAAGACACUUUAGCUGAAAUUCAAUCAGUUGAAACUGAAGCUGCUGCUUUCUUUGAUCAAAUUUCUAGAUACUUUGUGUCCCGAGCGAAGGUAGUAUCUAAAGUUGCAAAGUAUCCACAUAUUGAUGAUUAUCGUCGCGCCGUUCAAGAACUUGACGAAAAAGAAUUUUUAAGUUUGUGGUUGGUGUUAAGUGAAGUAAGAAACCGUUAUUGUUCAUUGCACGACAUUGUCAUCAAAAAUAUGGAAAAAUUGAAAAAACCACGAUCAUCUAAUGCCGAAAGCUUAUAUUAAUAACGCAUAAUUGACAACGGUAUAUCGGCCAUCGAUGUUUAAAGUAUGGGAAACUCAACAACUUCGCUUUAGUUUUCACAGCCCAAGCAACCUAAGUACUGUAUGCAAACAGCAGGAGUUAUUCAACAGGCUAAGCUCUGAUAUAAGGGAUUUGGCAGAAUCAGCCGACAGCUAUAACUAAUUGAAAGUCACUACAGCAUUCAUGUUCAGUUGUAAGAGAUUCAUUAUAUUUCUAUACAUCUUAAGAAACUGGCCGGAAAUACAUAAAAUGGUUUUAGUUUUACAUGAGCUUGAUAAAACUGCUGGCAAGAUAAGGGCUAUUAAAUUUCAAUUCCCAAGAAAAGGCAUUAAAUAUACAUUUUAGAGAUA